UUGUUUAUUACCAAUAUUUCGCUUAGGAAACCGGCUAAUAGUUACAGUGAAUAUAAGCUCGCAAUUCCAGUAGAUUAACCCAAAGGCAAGCUCGCUGUGGUAAAAACUUCCGGCUACACGCUCUCUCCGCCCAAUAUAGGGCCGUAACCUUUACAUUCUGCAGUCGUCCGUGGGUAGACUUUGUUUCGAAAAAGAGCUGAAGAUGCCGUAUAAGUUAAUUGUUCCAGCUUUGUGUGUCGUCCUAAUUGCACAUUCAGCAGCGGGUUUCUUCUGGGGUUGGGGGUCAUCUGCUACACGACGCGGAGUAAAGUACUACAUCUGCCUGAACACUGAGAACGCGACAACAUCAUGCUUUUACUGUACGCCACAGCAGAGCACUGCAUGCACGGGCCUUCAAGGGCCUCCGCAACAAGUAACGGAGGUUCAGGCGGCGUGCCUAUUACAAUAUUGUCCUGCUACGGGACGACGUCGCCGAUCGCUAAUAUCCUCCGAGAUAUUGCUGGGAAAUAGGGACGAUCCCGAGCUGGGGACUGACGCCCACAUUUCGAACUGAGAAGCACUUAAAACAGAUCAUCAUGAAGACACACACGUUCACACAUAUAUUGAUUUUAAAGAUUGCUGCCUAAUGAGAGCGGGGAGCGGGGUCAAAAUAGA